AAUUCCCACAUCAUUUAUUACACUAAAAACAAACACAAACAAAAUAUAUACACAUUUAUAUAUAGAUUCACACAUACAAGCUGUAUUUAUAUAUAGCGUAUUAUAGCAAAAACAUGCCACGUGACUCCAUAAAAAAAAUCCGGAAAAGAUUAAAGUUAAAGAAAAGUAUAAUGUUUAUCUUCAGAAUGAUGUUCAGAUCCAGAUUGUUUUUUGACACCAGUGAGGAAAGACAAACAAUUUCAAUUUCGUCCGUUCUGAAAGAACAAUUUCUUAACCAAGUUAUUAGUUAUAUAACCAACGAUUUGACAAUGGUCGCUUAGAAGAGUAUAUGUACAAUGGUAGUUGGAUUAAGUUUUGCGGGCAAUUUGCCUCUGACCCCAGAUAUGAUUGGCCAAAUCAGCUUUGAUUAUAAUCGAGAGAAGAUAUAUCUGGCAACUUCCUUUUCUAUCAAACUUGCAACUAAUUCAUUUUCAGUUUUUCCGAUUAUUUUUCAAAAGAACAUGAUUUCUUAGACUUUUAAAAUAAAGUAGCUUAAAAAAUGAAAUACUUUUACUGACCUUAAUACGACAGAUGAUAUUACAUGUGUGUCUUAGAUAAAUUAUCUACCAAGUUCAACAGGUGACUUCGACAUUUUACUUUUUUCAAUUCAGAUGAAUUUAUCAUCAGUUAGUUGACAGAUUGAUCGUUUUCGCCUUUUCGCGUGUAAUCAUUUUCUACAUUUUAUAAUUUAAUUUGUGUUAUUUUUAGCCAUUCCAAUAUGCUUCCAUUAUUAAACACUAAUCAAUCAAGUCUACUAUAUUCAUCAAUGAAUAGUUCUGCUAUGGAUAACAAUCCCAAGGUUCAAAUUGCUUCAAACUUUACCAACAACAACAGUCUUAACUGCAACCUAAUCACAGUUUUAUCAAUUUAUCCACCAAUAAAACCUCUUUUGGAAGAAUUUCGAAAAAAUUUUCACUAAUAUUCUAGAACAACCAAAUUGUCAGCAUAGUUCAGCCAAAUCAUUAUCUUAUUUAACAUCAUAGCAACCAGAAAAGUGUUUAAAAGGAUCGAUUCGUACUAUCUCAAUGGCUUUCGCAGCAGGGGGCGGGGCGACCUUUGUGAAACUUCUUCGAAAGGGUGAGGGGGCAUCGAGAGCACAGAGACGGGCGGCCUCCAGUUUUCCCAGGAGAGGUACUUCUUUUCGCAGGGGAGGAGGAGGAGGAGGAGGAGGAGGGGCGGAGGUGGGCAAGCCCCCGUUGACAGAUGAGCAGACACGGCAAAUGGAGGUUGUUUCCAGGGAAUACAGAGCACAGUUUUGCAGGCCAGACAUUCAAAGUGCCUUGGAUGAGAUUGAAACCCUGGAACAGCGCUAUGACGAGAUAGAUGGGAUAAAAAGCACCGCUGGUGAAGAGCAGACCAUCUCGUUGAACAAUGAGAUCCAUUCAAUAGUACCCGAUGGGCUCAAGUUACCAUUAGAAAAAAAAAUUAGCACCUUGUCAACAAUGCGACGGUGUGAGGGCGCUCCCCUGGAGAAGGUGCAAUUGAAUGUGGGGGGCAAGUGCUUCUGCACCUUCAGGAACACCCUGCAGUCAGUGGGGGGAACAAGGCUGAGUGAACUGGCCAGGUGUCCCCCUGACCUCAUGCAUCCAAACCACUAUGACUCAAAGACCAACCAGUUUUUCUUCGAUCGCCACCCCAUCCUUUUCGAGUACAUCCUGAAUUAUUACCGCACUGGUGAGCUGCACGUGCCCAGAGACAUCUGCUGGCCAGUGUUCAACCGGGAACUGCUCUUUUGGGGUCUGGACCACUCCCACCUGGAGUCAUGCUGCUGGCAGGUGUUCCGAUCCCACGAGGACAACGAGAACACCCUCAAAGCACUCGACGAGGAGGACAAGCAAGAGAGUGGUGAUUUGCGUCUUCUGGACAAGAAUGCGUCUGCGUGGAAUCGGAAAAUGGCCUUACUCUGGCAGAUGAGUGAGGACCCCAUGUCAUCCAAGCCCGCCAAGGUAUUUGCCCUUCUAUCUCUCACCCUCAUCCUCUCCUCAGUAGCCCUAUUCUGCGCCGAGACCCACGAGUACUUCGUAGACACAGUCUACAUCAAUGCAAACCCAGAUCAACAUUACCCCAACAUCCCCCAAAACAACACCCUUUCUUCCGCCUCCCAAGUGCCCACCCCCAAUCUGCGCAAAGUGACCCGCCCGAAACACUUUCUGGUGGUAUCGGAGACUGUAUGUGUACUGUGGUUCUGCUUCGAGAUCCUGAUCCGGUUCAUAUCUUGUCCGGACAAAUGUGUGUUCAUGAAGAGUCCCUUGAACUUGAUUGACCUUUUGGCUGUGCUCCCAUUCUUCGUGUCUUUCCUUGAUUUUUCGUCCGAGGGCGGUGAGAGUCAAGCGGCUGGCAUUCUCCGAGUGAUCAGAGUGCUCCGGGUGUUCCGCGUGUUCAAACUGACCCGCCAUUCGACCGGCCUCAAGAUCCUGUGGCACACUUUGCAUGCCAGCAUGAAGGAGCUGUUCAUCCUGGCUGUGUUUCUGUGUCUGGGCGUGGUCAUCUUCGCCAGUUUGAUUUAUUAUGCAGAAAGGCUGACUGCCAAUGACAAUGAGACUGACUUCGUGGAUAUACCGCAUGGAUUCUGGUGGGCACUCGUUACCAUGACCACACUCGGUUAUGGAGACAUGGUUCCUCGUACGUUUGCGGGCCAGCUGGUAGGCUCACUGUGUGCAUUGUGUGGCCUGCUGACCAUAGCUCUGCCAGUGCCAGUCAUAGUGUCCAACUUCUCCCUUUACUACAGCCACUACCAGGCCAAGAGCAAGUUGCCACGCAAUCAGCCCCAGAAAGCCACGCCCGAACACGAUCAAGGAGAGGGGGAGGAAUCAGAUGAAGACGACAACUCCCUGACAAUAGAGAGACCAGAGAGGGGCAGAAAUGCUACCCCUAGGGCGCUCAAAAACAGUUCGGACAGAGCGGGAGCACUGGACGGAGGGAGGGGAGAUGAAAACUCGUUCAUUCAACCUACACGUCCAGAAAUCAAACAAGCAUCUAUUUAAAAACUGAUUUGUAAAUGAGCAUUUGAAUUUAGUAUUUUAAAACACUGACCCAGGGUAAAAAGCGACUACACGCAAAUUAUUAUAUGCUAUUCAAAAUUGUGUCUGAAAUUUGAUAAACAAAGCUAUAAACUAUUUGCAUGAACAGAGUCAAAUCUGAAUAUUGUACAAAAAAUUAUUAUUCAUGACACUUUUAAGAACAGAAACGGUGUUUGUAACAAUCAUGAGGUAGAUCAAAAAUUUGCCUUUGAAGUUUUUAAGUUUAAA